AUGUUCGGCGGCGGCUCCAGUUCGGCUGCGUCCAAGGCGCAGAGUGACCUGAAAGAAGACCGAAAGUCGCCUUCACCCGAGUCCGACAAGGGCUCCACGGCCGCCACCAAGUCAUCCGACCAAGCCGCGAGCGGCGACAAGCGGAGCGGGAACAGCAGUCCUCCGGGCCGCCAGCAACAGGAUGGCGCUGUGGACAAGAAGCGCCGCGCCAGCGGCGUCCAGAGUAAGGCCGCUGGCCUGCUGGCUCACGCCAAGAACACCUUGAACUUUUCUCAAGUCGGCCGGAACAGCUCGGAUGCAAGUUCGCAGACUCCUCUGCAGAAGUUGGGCAAGCAGGACCCUGCGCUCGCAGUGCCCCAGGGCCAACACAACAACUCGGCCGGCGAUUCCAUCCCCGGCCCUCGAUCGACAUUCCGUGUUGGCGUUUGGGAGGACAGGAACAAGAAAUGCCGUCGCACGAUGGAGGAUACUCAUGCUUUUCUCUACAACUUUUUGCACACCCCAGCCCCUGUCCUUGAUGGCAAGAAGAACAACUCUGCGGCCGACGACAAGGAGGCACUUGCUCAGGACAUGGUCGAAACCGACAACGGCUACUUUGCCAUCUUUGACGGUCAUGCCGGCACAUUCGCCGCUGAUUGGUGUGGGAAGAAGCUGCAUAUCAUCCUGGAGGACAUUAUUCGAAAGAACCCCAACGGUCCCAUCCCCGAACUACUCGACCAGACCUUCACGUCAGUCGACGCGCAGCUAGAAAAGCUCCCUCUUAAGAACAGCGGAUGCACCGCAGCUGUCGCCGUACUACGUUGGGAAGACCGGGUGCCCAGUGACCGCUCUGCGACUGGCUCCCAGGCCAUUGCGCCUGCUACCGCGGCGGCCACUAAGGCGGCCAAGUUGUCGACGGAAGAGAUUAAAGAUGACAAGACAACCUCGGCGAGCGGCACCGAGGCCGCGCACGCCAAGCUGAAGAGUUCGGCGAGCCGCCAGCGUGUUCUCUACACGGCCAACGUCGGAGACGCCCGCAUUAUUCUCUGCCGUGCUGGCAAAGCGCUUCGCCUUUCGUACGACCACAAGGGCAGCGACGAGAACGAAGGCAAGCGGAUAGCGAACGCAGGUGGUUUGAUACUCAAUAACCGCGUUAACGGUGUCUUGGCUGUGACGAGAGCCCUUGGUGACACCUAUAUGAAGGAUUUGGUUACCGGGCAUCCGUACACAACCGAGACCGUCAUCCAGCCCGAAAGUGACGAGUUCAUCAUUAUAGCUUGUGAUGGACUUUGGGACGUUUGCUCCGAUCAAGACGCCGUUGACCUCGUCCGUAGCGUCGAGGACCCGGUGGAAGCCUCGAAACUCCUCGUCGAUCAUGCACUGAAUCGCUUCAGCACGGAUAACUUGUCUUGCAUGAUUGUUCGACUGGACAAGGAGGCACUGCUGGAAAGUCAGAAUGACAAGGAGAACGCCAUCGGAGUGGAGCGCCCUCCCACCAACUCGGCCAAGGUCAGCGAGUCCGAAAAGAUCAUCCGGGAGACGAAACAGAAAAUUGCGGAAGGCGGCGCGCCGGCUGUGGGCGUUUCAGCCAGCAACAGUGGCCGCGGACAUGAUCCGGCGUCCAUUGACAACGGAGACUUCAAGCCGACCACACUGGAUGAUACUCUCGAGGAGGAACCGGGGCCGAUGGAUGACGGCGACUCCCCAGAGGCUGCCCCUGACGUGGUUCCUGCACUUCUUCCUGCAGAAGUGGAGCAAACCGACACAGCGGCGUCUAAGAAAAGUUCCUCGACUUGA